UAUGAACGAGAGCAACAAAGUGGUUUAAAAUGUUUAUUAUUUUAUGUCAAAUAUUUUUUAUUUCUUAUACCCUGUGUCAGGGACAUCUCAUAUUUAGAGAUGAAUUCAAUAGUACUUCACUGGAUACUAAUAAGUGGCUUAUACAGUAUGGAGAAGAUAGUUGCACAGCUGUCCGCCGGCACUUGUACUCCAAAAACUACACCACCGCUCAGAUCAUAUCUAAAUACAUAUUCAGAUACGGAAAUAGUCUUAAUGAUGGUAUUUUCUGUGAUGAUCUGGAUGCAAUUUGGCUCGACCCGGUAUUCAAAGUAGAAUACGUCAGGAGACUGAAAGGGAUUAACCGAGAGAUGGUGUCCGAUGUUUAUGACGACAACCGUAUGGAUGACUACGAAGAGUGUGACUAUAAUAUUGAUCACAAAUACGAAGAACCAUACGAUACGAUUGGAAAUACAAAUAAUGUGGACCCGGAUGGCGCCCCAAUUUAUCUGGAAAUAACUAAUACAACUCCUACCUAA